AUGUCUCCCGAGUCGAUACCUCAGGGCAUCUACACCCACAUCUACGCUGCCUUCGGCAGUAUUAGUCCAGGAACUUUCGAGGUUGUGCCCGGGUCCUCCGGCGACGAACAACUUUACCAGCUGCUCGAAGCGCUUCAGAUCCGAGACUUGGGUCAGCAGUUAUGGAUCUCAAUCGGUGGAUGGGAUUUCUCCAACAGUGAUGCGCCAACUGCCACAACCUUUUCGGAUCUUGCCGCAGCUGACACUACCCAACAAAAUGCCUUUUUCAACUCGCUCAUUCUUUUCAUGAACACUUGGGGAUUUACUGGCGUCGAUAUCGAUUGGGAGUAUCCUGCUGCGGACGAUCGCAACGGCCAGCCGAGCGACUACAGCAACUAUCCCAUCUUUCUAGCAAAUCUCAAGAAAGCUCUCAGCGAAUACCAUUUUGGUCUCUCUAUUACCCUGCCCACCAGCUAUUGGUACUUACAACAUUUUGAUCUGGUCUCGAUAGAGCCGUCAGUUGAUUGGUUCAACUAUAUGAGCUAUGAUCUUCAUGGCACUUGGGAUGUUGGCAGCAAAUGGACAGGCGCUUACUUAAACGCUCAUACCAAUCUGACUGAGAUUGAAUCUGCUCUUGACCUUCUUUGGCGGAACAAUAUCACAGCAUCGAAGAUUAAUAUGGGUGUGGCGUUUUAUGGUCGAAGCUUCACCUUGGCCGACUCUUCCUGUUCGGAACCUGGCUGUGCAUAUCUUUCGGCUGGUGAUGCUGGAGACUGUAGUAACACCGCCGGAAUACUAUUUAAUAGCGAGAUCGCAGAAAUCAUUAGCGAAAACGGUAUUACCCCUGUUCUGGAUACAGAUGCGGCUGUCAAGUCCGUCACUUGGAAUGGUGACCAGUGGGUGUCAUUUGAUGACCAAGAUACUUGGAAGCUCAAGGCGGAUUUUGCCAAGUCCGAAUGCCUCGGAGGGGUCCUUGUCUGGUCGGUCGAUAAUGAUGAUACUAAUCAAACUUUUGCCAGGGGCCUGGCAGCAGCACUGGGCAAUCCGCUUAAUCUGGAUCCGAAAACAGGACUCACCGUGGAGGUCAUGGAGUUCUCAACCACCGCCAGCCUAUCCACUCAAGGAAAUUACUGCAAAUUUAUUAAUUGCGGUGAAGUUUGUCCCAACGGCUACACCACGAUUAUUCGUGGAGAUGAGUCAUCUCAACUUAUGCUUGAUUCAACUGAGUGCCCGCGGGGAAACUCUCAAACGCAAACACUUUGCUGUCCAUCCUCUACAAACGUUCCCACAUGUCAAUGGAGAGGUUUUCAUAACAGCGGCAAGUGUCAAGGUGGUUGUCUUGACGGUGAGGCUGAGGUUGGCACAAUCUCAGCAGGGUGCAGCUCUGGUUAUCAGUCGGCGUGUUGUACCAUCACCGAGUCAACGACCCCUUGGUCGCAGUGUCAAUGGACAUCGAGUUGCGAGAGUGACAACACCUGCCCUUCUGGUUAUCCAACAUUUGUCAUGGGUUCACGCGAUGGUUGGGGCGGUCGUCCAUCCUGUGAUGGUGGCUAUAACUACAACUAUUGCUGCUCAACCUCGUCCGUUCCCGAUGCCUUUACGAAUUGCGACUGGUAUGGCCAUGAGGUUUCGUUUUCCUAUGCACAAUACUGCUCUGAUAGUUGCCCAUCCAAUUCUAUACGGAUUGCCGAGCAGUCGGUGUUCGGAAUAUAUCUGCCCGCAUAUUCGAGCAAUUGUUACCUCGGAAAUGAGGCAUUUUGUUGUUCUGGUGCACCUGCGAAACUUUCUGUGCCAAGAGGCAUCGGACCACCGCGAGAUAGUACCGCCCUGCAGUUUGAUGCCUACCUGUCAGCAUUCCUUGCCAAUCCUGUUUGUGUAGAUACCUGGGAGUCUAAUUAUGGUUCUAUAUUCUAUAAGAGGGCGCUGAAUAAGCGAUCGACGGCCCUUGAUCAAAAGUCCUUCUCGAGCCUAGUGUCCUAUAUCGUGAUGUUGGCAACAUCUUCAUACCCGCGAACAGACCUGCGUUCCAUAUGGGAUCAGCGGCUUKCGCMGUUUGGGUAUCAGGGUACGGCGCCCAACAGUACUUAUCUGAGCCAGGCUGUCUAUGCAUCGUGGGAUGGAUCGUAUGUAUAUGAUACUCCGGGCUCCGAUCCCUCGGGACUGGUAGCUGAUAUGCUUUGCAAUAUCGCGCAUUCAGUCAAUGGCACUGAAAGCGUGCAGCUCGCGGAAGAAGCCCUGUGUGAGAUAGAUGAUGGCUCAUCCUCCCUCACAAAGCGGAUGAUAGAUGGCAUAAAUAUGAAUGAUCGCUCCGAUAAUGGCGACUAUCCCACGGUAUUCGCUGUCCUCAAUGGCGCUUUAAGUGGCGACUUGAGCCUUCACUAUUUGCGUUGGUUGUCCGCAAGCAAUACUCGAGUGGGUAACAGAGUCCUUCCCCAGGUCAUGCUCGAGAUAGCAUUUUGGAUCGGCCCUACACCAGGAGUGGCUCCGGAUGCUAGUUUGCGGGCCCAAUACGCCGACCGCACCCAUACGCAAGCCACCGACCGUUGGAUCGUCAUGCAUCUUCAUAUUCCACUCGAUGACCAAACUUUCCGAAGUGGUUUGCCACAAUGGUAUCCAGGCGUCACGAUGAUGACUGUCUAUCAAAGUCAGACCAUCGCGCGGCCCUGGGCUGUGACUACGGGUCUUACCCCUGCCUACCGAGCCGAAUUCCGGUAUGCAAGGACGGUCCAAAACGGACGUAACAACAACGGUAACCUGCGGGAUUAUAAUGCCCGGACCGAGAGUUUCAGAUGUCGAGGCGGCCGCUGGUUCUUUGGUACAGAUCGAACCCGAGACUUAAUCAACUUAGCACGGCAAUUGGGUUUGCCUGGUGGGUACGCCGAUACGAUCAAUGAAUUCGGGAUCUGGCUCCACAAUCAAGGUGUUUUCAGGUCCAGUAACUUGAAUCGGAUCUUCCCAGGCAUAGGCGAGCGAAAUCAGGACGACACUGCUCUACCCGUUGGACGGGUUGAUGCAAGAGGUCUCUACAAUCCCGUAGAUGGUGCAUUUGACUCGAAUUGGCUGCCUGAUGGCUCACCUGUCCCGGACUCAUCCCUUUACAAUGCGGAUCCGUAA